UGUGAUUGGCAAUUCCAUAGAAUAAAAAUCUAUCGCUAAAGCAGUUUUGUUCUUGGAAAAAUUACACACGCAAUUAAUUAACCAUUGAAUUUUGUGAAUUAACAAAUUUCGAUUGUUAAUUAAAUUAAAAUUAACAAUAGAAAUACUUUAAUUAACACAUUGACAUCAUUUUCCCAACAUUGAGCAAUUGUUAUUGUUGAGUACUUAUCAAAUGUGCUUCGGGUGUGAGGGGAACAGUUAGCUGUAAAGAAAUUACACACCCGUAAUUUAUUCGUUCAUUUGGCAAGCGAGAAAGUGAGUAAGAGAUAUACAGCAAGUAGUGCCACUCGCGACAUUGUAGAAAAUAUUUGACGACGACGAGAAGAAAAAAGUUAACGGCGAGCCAAAAAAGUCAGAGCGAAGAAGGUGGAACAAAAAUAGCAAAAGUCCACAAUGGCGAGCACCGGUGUUGUGGUUCCGCGAAAUUUCCGCUUGCUGGAAGAGUUGGACCAAGGCCAGAAGGGCGUUGGUGAUGGCACGAUUUCAUGGGGCCUCGAAAAUGACGAUGACAUGACAUUAACACACUGGAUUGGCAUGAUAAUUGGCCCUCCUAGAACACCCUAUGAAAAUAGAAUGUACUCGCUAAAAAUUGAAUGCGGCGAUAGAUAUCCCGACGAACCGCCUGCAAUACGGUUUUUAACAAGAAUUAAUAUAAACUGCAUUAAUCAGAGCAACGGUGUGGUUGACCAUAGAUUAGUACCAAUGUUAGCCAGAUGGAAUCGGGAAUACACUAUAAAAUCAAUGCUCCAAGAAAUACGUAGAAUCAUGACUUGCAAAGAGAAUCUUAAAUUGGCGCAACCACCAGAAGGCAGCGUUUUUUAGUUGAUCACCUCAAUUGUCGUCACUGACAAUUCAGCAACAGCUGCCGCUACUGCCGUUGCCGCUGCUGAUGCUGUUGCCCUGCAGUUGCUGUCAUCAAAGUUGCCGAAAACCGAAGUCAUAAAUCUUCUACGUAAACGUCGUCGCCGUUGUAUAAGUCGCCACCACUUGAACGUCUUCUCGUAUGAGAACAUGUUAUUAUUAUUAUUAUCAUUCUCUUAAAUUUAAUUAAACAAGUUGAACCGAAAAUGGAACCAUCAAAGAAAUAAAGUAACGAAAAUAGUAAUAAUAAUAAGUGGAUGAAAUUGAAACAAAUCUAAAAUAACUGAAACAAACAAAAACAACAAAAGAA